UGCCUGCAACAGCUCUGAUACUAAACUCUGUUGAUUUUCUGUUUGGAAUAAUCACUCCAGAACAGAUAAGAUUCUCUGGGAUUUUUUUAUUCCUACAGGUAAUGAGCGGGUAUUGGAGAAUGAGACAGAUACCCUCCACCAGGAAGGUACAGUGCAAGGAGAAGCAAGCAAUGCCUGUUUGGGAAGAGAUGAGGAUUUCCAUGACCAUCAAAAGCGAAUGAUGUUUGAGAAUCAGCCAGGGCUGUUGAAUGAUCAAGAGAGAAGCUAUGAGAGUGGUCUGGUGGAAAAAUCCACUUUCUAUGCAGAAGUUAGCAGAGAGGAGAGAGAAUCGGCUGAAUCACAAAGAAUAGAGUGUAGUGAGAUACAAAAAGCAUCUUCUGACUGUCGGAGAAACUUUGAACGGAGCUCCGACCUUAUGGUACAGCAAAGCAUUCACAUCAGAGAGAAGCCAUACCUGUCAUUCUAUUGUGGAAACAGUUUCUUUCAGGCGCAGGGCCUUCUUGCACAUGAGAGAACCCACACAGGAUUGUGGAACACGUAUAAUUACUCUAACAGUGGGAAAAACUUCAGUUGCAAUUCAGGCUCUGUGCAGCACAUGAGAAUCCACACAGGAGAGUCUUUGUACACGUGCUCUCACUGUGACAAAAACUUUGACGAUUCUUCAGUCUUACAGGAACACGUCAGGCUGCACACACUGGAGACACCGUACAAGUGCUCAGAUUGCGGGAAGGGCUUCGACAAAAAGCGUUACCUGAACAACCACGUGAGGAAGCACAGAGGGGAGAAGCCGUAUGAGUGCCUGCAGUGUGGGAAAAGCUUCCCUAUAAAGUCCAAACUUGUAAAACACGAGAUAAUACACAUGAGGGAGAAGCCAUACAAGUGCGCCCUCUGUGAGAAAACAUUCAUUCAGAAGUCAGACCUUUGUGCACACGAGAAAAUCCACACAGUACAGUAGAUAUUUCAAAUUUAUC